CAUUCUAGCAUCAUAAAUCAGUGAUAACACUGAAUGGUAAUAAUAUUAUCAUCAUCAAAUAUUAUUGUUGUCUAAAUAUUAUCGUAAGUUAAAAGUUAACUAAUGAACGUAAUAGGGCUAAGGUUAGUAAGCAGGGCGGAAGAAUAGAUACUCCGGAUGGGUGGGAUGUGAGUCAAAACACCCAAAACUUCUUCCCCGCGAUAACCGACUUGAUCUUCGCCCUCACCUGUUCUCUCCACCAUACUACCUGCGAAUCAACUCAUCAUGGCGGACGCAGUCACUGAGGGAGUUGCCAAGCUUCAGCUCGACCCGGAGACCGGGGAGAUGGUCUCCAAGGGCGAGCUGAAGAAACGAAUGCAAAAGCGAGCCAAGAAAGCUUCCAAGGCGGCGGCGCCUAAGGCUGAGAAGAAGCCCACUGCCGCCACUCCUAAAUCCGCCGAACCCACCAUCGAUCCAGAUGCCAUGUUCAAACAGGGCUUCCUCGCCGACGUUUACAACCUGCGACCUUCGAAACCAGUGAGAACGAGGUUUCCACCCGAGCCCAACGGCUAUCUUCAUCUCGGCCACGCCAAGGCCAUCGCUAUCAAUUUCGGCUUUGCGCGGUAUCACGGAGGCGAGACUAUUCUUCGUUUCGAUGACACAAAUCCCGACGCAGAGGAGGAGAAGUAUUUCCAGGCCAUUGAGGAUAUAGUGCGCUGGCUGGGAUUCACUCCAAACCAGAUUACCUAUUCGAGCGACAACUUCCAGCGUUUGUACGACCUUGCCGAGAAGAUGAUCCAGAUGGGGAAGGCCUAUGUCUGCCAUUGCACUGAGGCCGAUCUCAAGUUGCAACGCGGAGGUGAAGAUGGUAAAUCACCACGGUUUAAUUGUGUCCAUGCCUCCCAGGACGUGGAGACCAACUUGACCAAGUUCCGCGAUAUGCGCGAUGGGAAAUACGAGCCGCAGACGGCCUUCUUGCGUAUGUCGCAAAGUCUCCUUACUAGUGGUAACCCGCAGAUGUGGGACAUUGCCGCCUAUCGCAUUCCCAAGAACCGCACCCCCCACAUCCGCACUGGGUCGAAGUGGCACAUUUAUCCGUCCUAUGACUUCGCUCACUGUCUCUGCGAUAGCUUCGAAGGCAUCACCCACAGUCUUUGCACGACCGAAUUCGUCACUGCCCGAGAGAGCUAUGAAUGGCUGAACAAGACCCUUGGGGUUUAUGAGCCAAUGCAGCGCGAAUAUGGCCGUUUGAAUAUCACUGGCACUGUCAUGAGUAAAAGAGCUUUGAAAGAGCUAGUUGACAAGAAGUAUGUACGCGACUGGGAUGAUCCUCGACUUUACACUUUGAUUGCGAUUCGCCGGCGUGGCGUGCCGCCGGGAGCUAUUCUUUCCUUUAUAAACGAGUUGGGCGUAACUACCUCAAAGACCGUGAUUCAGACCGCGCGGUUUGAACAGUCUGUUCGCCGUUACCUUGAAACGUCAGUCCCUCGUCUCUGUUUAGUUCUCGACCCCAUUCGUGUCGUGAUUCAGGACAUCGGCGACCUAGAGGGACAAGAGCUCGUGUUGCCGUUUUCGCCCAAGAAGCCUGAAUUUGGCUCCUAUAAGCUCAAUAUGACGUCCACCGUCUAUAUCGACCGGUCUGACUUCCGCGAGGUUUCUUCCCCGGAUUUCUUCCGUCUGUCACCCGGCCAAACCGUCGGUUUGCUCCAGGUGCCCCACCCGAUCAAGGCUGUUUCCUUCUCCAAGGAUCCGACGACCGAUCAAGUCACAGAGAUUCAAGCCGUCUUAGUACGAGACGGCCCCAAGCCGAAGGCAUUCAUCCACUGGGUUCCUGAAGGCUCACGCAAGGUCACGGUUCGGGUUCACAAUGCACUUUUCAAAUCAGAAAACCCCUCCGCUGCGGAAGGCGGAUUCCUCGCCGACCUUAACCCCAACAGUGAGACAAUUUACCCAAAUGCCAUGGUCAACGCCGGAUUUGAUGAGGUUCGCCGUCGUGCUCCUUGGCCUCAGGCUGAGGGCGAGAAGACUCAUUCUGGACCUGAAAGCGUCCGGUUCCAGGCUAUGCGGGUGGCAUACUUUGCGAUGGACUCGGAUAGCACUGAAGACUCAAUUGUGCUCAAUCGCAUCGUGGCUCUCAAGGAAGAUGCUAAGAAGGAAACUGAGAGCUAAUCAGAAAAGUUUAGAACUUGUUUACUAAAUAGGAGACUUGGCACUGUGGAAACAGUGUAGACUUGGGAUGAUAAAUCAAGGCAAGAGGUCUUGAUAUCCACCACUUUGUGCUUCAGUCAACGCAUUCCUCCCCAACACAUAUCCGUGCAGAUAGAUGUUGAAAUCAU